CCCUUUUCUUCCUACUCUGUCAUCUACUAGGUACUUUAAUACUUCGAAUUCAACAACGCGGACAGCCCAUUCUACGGACGACAAUAUCGACUCGGCCUGCUACCCGAAUUAUUGGCCAUAAUUAACACGUCUGAUGUUGAACUACGAAACUAAAGUUUCUUAUUUGCUUGCCUCUAGGAAAGCCGACCUUUUUGUCAGUGCUCCAGGCUAAUAGACUAGCUUUGAAGCCCUGCCGCAUAUACCUAGUAAUUACAAAAACUCUACUAUAUUGCCCCGACUGCAAAAAUGGCUAUUCGCCGCGUUCGAGUAAUACUCGCCGUCGUUGCCAUAUGGGUACUUGGGUCUUGGUACUAUAGUUGGCAUCCCCCCGAUUCAGGCUUCUUCAAUCCUACCCAUGGCCAUGACCCAGGUGGUCGACCUGCUCCAUUCCCAGACUCUGCUGGAUCUAGAGUUCUGAAAUGGGAGAAACGCCCGCCUCGUUAUCCCGUAGAAAAGUUCGCUACACUCCCGACCAACAAACCUACCAAACGAGUCCCACGCGUGCAAGCCACGAAACCGCAGGAAACUACUGCGGAGAAGGAAUUGCGGUUGCGACGGCUUUCUGCAGUCGAAGCGAGUUUUAAACAUAGUUGGAAAGGUUAUAAAAAAUACGCAUGGGGUCAUGAUGAGAUCAAGCCCGUUUCGGGGCUAUAUAAGAACCCGUUUGGCGGCUGGGCGGCGACACUGGUCGAUGCUUUAGAUAGCCUGUGGCUUCUCGGCAUGAAAGAGGAUUUCGAAGUCGCGGUGAGGGCUUGUGAUAACAUCGAUUUUACAACCACCGAAGCACGCGAUAUUAACAUUUUCGAGACGACAAUUCGUUAUCUUGGGGGGUUCUUAGCCGCGUACGAGUUAAGCAACAAGCAAUACCCAAGCCUCCUCAAAAAGGCGACCGAGGUUGCUGACUUAGUCAUGUCAUCCUUUGAUACUCCGAAUCAUAUGCCUAUUACACGGUUUCCCUGGCAAAAUUAUGCCAGAGGUGAAUCGCAGACCGCGCGAGGAUAUGUUUUACUCGCCGAGAUUGGAUCGUUGAGCCUCGAGCUUACCAAAUUGUCUCAAUUGACCGGUGACAUGCAAUAUUACGAUGCUGUACAGAGGGUAUCAGAUGAGUUGGAAAAGGAUCAGAAGAAAACUUCACUGCCGGGGAUGUGGUCGGUCAUCGUUGAUGCUUCAAAGACGCCAAUUAAGUCUACGGGAGAUUCGUACACGCUCGGCGGGAUGAGCGACAGUACUUACGAGUACCUUGGGAAGCAGUACCUAUUGCUUGGAGGCGCGCUCAAUCAACCACGAAAGAUGUACGAGGGAUUCAUAGAAGUCGCGAAGAAACACCUUCUCCGCCGUGCCUUGAACCCCGACAAUAUUCCUCUGCUCUUUUUCGCCGACGCUCGAAUCGUCACUUCGCCCAGCGGCGACAAGCAGGUUGUGACUACACCGAUAGCUCAACAUUUGACGUGCUUUACAGGCGGCAUGGUAGGCAUGGCAGCUAAGAUAUUCGAGCGUCCGUCAGACUUAGAUGUCGCCGCACAGCUGACCGAGGGCUGUGUGUGGUCUUACAACCAGACCGUAUCGGGUAUUGGACCCGAGAUAUUUCACUUCAUCCCCUGUGACCCGGAUGUCGCGAAGGAUGACUGUCAGUGGAGCGAAGAGCGCUGGACGAAAUCGUUACGGAAAUAUUGGGGUCAUGAUACCAAGGGUGAUGUCCUUUCCGAUCAGCAACUUAAGAAAAUCGUAGAAACUCGGCGACUUCCCCGCGGGAUGGUUGAGGUCGACGAUCGCCGAUACAUACUACGCCCCGAGGCAAUCGAAUCCGUCUUUAUGAUGUAUCGCCUAACCGGAGACCCGAAAUUCAUGGACAAGGCCUGGGCCAUGUUCGAAGCCAUCGAAAAGUGGACGCGAGCGAAGUAUGCUUCGGCGGCACUAGACGAUGUGACGAUAAGUCAUCCGACCCAGGUGGAUAGUAUGGAGAGCUUCUGGCUGGCAGAGACGCUGAAAUACUUUUACUUGAUCUUCGGCGAGUGGGAACUGGCGAAUCUAGACGAAUGGGUAUUGAACACUGAGGCACAUCCUCUUCGACGUGCGGAUGCACAAUAAACGAAUAGACGACAUAUGGGGAAUGGUGGCAAUGCAAUUGUUAAACAGCAAGGGUUGGGUUUUACGGACUUGGUUGAGAUCAUCUGCAAUAUCUUAUCGAUUUAGGUAUCUAUAUAGAGCACCUAGCGGGAACUGGAUUUUACGUUGAUAUCUAUGGAUAAGCGACGUACCUAGGUAUUCCUCGAAUUUACCGGGCUUAUGUUUAUGAAACAACCACCCUCCGAUCUAUAGAAUACUGUAUACAAAGUCCAAC